AAUACUCCCUUUAAUUAACCCUUUAAUUCAAAAACAUCCUGCGUCCAUAUAUUUUUCUCUCCUCGUCUCCAAUAACUACUAUAGUACUAUACAUCAUACCGGCCAGAAAUGGCGAGUGUUACAGCGGGCAAGUCGCAAAAAAUUUGGUGCGUGAGGGCAAGCACGCUAUGUAUGGGAUGGAGGUUCUUUGUUGCUUUGUGCUGCUUGUUGCUCUUUACAUCUCCUAGCCAAGCAACUAGGAAAGGGGUUCAUCGCCAUCCAUCGUCAAAUUGGGCAAAACACACUCAAGAAUUGAAGGCAUCUACACCAUUGAGACUUGACAUCACACGGACGCAUGUGGUGAUGGACAAUGGACUGGUGAGAGUGACACUGACCAAUCCAACCGGAGGAAUUGCAGAGAUCGAAUACCAUGGAAUCCGCAACGUGCUCGAAUCUGGCUUUAAAGAAACAAACCGAGGAUAUUGGGAUAUUGUGUGGAGCACGCCAGGAAUGGGAAAUGGCGUUGCCAACUUUGAUACGCUACCAGCAACAAGCUUCAGGGUAAUAACAUCAGACCAAAAUCAAAUUGAAGUCUCCUUCACAAAAACGUAUGAUCCAAGAGAUCAUUCUAGUGUUCCUUUGAACAUAGAUAAAAGGUAUGUGAUGUUGUCUGGUCAAUCUGGAUUCUACACGUAUGCGAUUUACGAACAUCUUAAAGGAUGGCCUGACGUAGACAUCGGCGAAGCUCGAGUUGCUAUCAAGCUGCAAAGGAAAUUGUUCAAUUAUAUGGCAAUAUCAGAUGACAUACAAAGAAAAAUGCCAAACGACAAUGAUCGUUCCACUGGACAGACCCUCGACUAUAAAGAAGCAGUUUUACUAACCAACCCAUCAAAUCCAAGUAUGAAGGGCGAGGUGGACGAUAAAUACCAAUAUUCGUUAGAAAGCAAGGAUAAUAAAGUACAUGGAUGGAUUUGUGCCAAACCACAUGUUGGGUUUUGGGUCAUCGCGGGUGGCAACGAAUUCCGUUCUGGAGGGCCGAUAAGACAAGACCUCACCUCUCAUGCUGGUCCAACCGCCUUAUCGAUAUUUUUCAGCUCGCAUUAUGCCGGUUAUAACUAUGGUGUAAGCUUGAGAAAUGGUGAAGCCUGGAAAAAGGUCUUCGGCCCUGUGUUUAUGUAUCUCAACUCUGAUCAAGGAAAUGAUCCCAAAUCUCUUUGGGAAGAUGCUAAGCGCCAGAUGGUUGUAGAGACUAAAAGUUGGCCAUACAAUUUCCCAAAGUCUGAAGACUAUCCAAGUGCUAGUCAACGCGGUACAAUUACGGGUCGAUUGUUAAUCCGUGAUAGGUUCCUCAGUAAAGAGCUUAUCCCAGCAAAAGGUGCAUAUGUAGGCAUGGCCCCACCAGGAGAAGAUGGAUAUUGGCAGGAAGAUGCCAAGGGCUAUCAAUUUUGGACAGAAACAGAUGAUAAUGGGUAUUUCAAGAUCAAUGCAGUAAGAUCUGGAACUUAUAACCUGUAUGGUUGGGUUCCUGGAGUUCUUGGAGAUUAUAGAAACAAAGAGGAGAUUAUGAUCAAACCAGGAGAAGAAACCAGUCUGGGAGAGCUUGAGUUUGAUCCCCCUAGAAAUGGUCCGACCAUUUGGGAAAUCGGCAUCCCCGAUAGAAAAGCUAUAGAAUUUUUUAUCCCUGAUCCUUCACCUGGCCUCAUGAACUACGCUCUGCUCAAUCAUACCGAAAAAUUUAGGCAAUAUGGAUUGUGGGAUCGUUACACGGAUAUAUAUCCUUCUGAAGAUUUGGUCUAUAAAAUCGGAGAAAGUGAUUAUCGAAAAGAUUGGUUUUUCGCUCAUGUCAAUAGGAAAGUUGGGGACGACAAGUAUGAACCAGCAACAUGGAAAAUUUCAUUCCAACUCGAGAAUGUUAGCCCGACAAGAACCUAUACACUCUGGAUAGCAUUAGCUGCCACCAACUUAGCCAGGAUUGAGGUUUUGAUAAACAAUCUGAAUUCACGCCCAAGAUUCUCAACAAACGGAAGUGGAAGGGACAAUGCCAUCGCAAGACACGGGAUUCAUGGACUGUAUACACUUGCGAGCUAUGAGUUUUCAGGAACUUUACUUGUGGAGGGAGAAAACAUAAUAUAUUUGCGGCAACCAAGAGGAGGUUAUCGCUUUAACGGUGUCAUCUAUGACUACAUCCGUUUGGAAGGGCCACGCUUCUGAUCAGACAUGUAUAUAUGCAUACACGCGGAGGGUGGAAAGACAAUGUCAUUUAUUUGUUUGUUUGUUUGUUUCUUCAUGGAAAUAGAUAAUAGUAUAUUGUUUAUAGUGCAUGAAGGGUGAAGUGGGGGUGAUUUAUUCUCAAAUAGUAGUUGAUUGUAUUCUUUGAUUUGUAAUUGUAUAUUCUUUCAUCAUUUCCAAUACAAGUUUUGAAAUGAUAAUAAAGUUGAUGUUUGUUA